AUGACCAACACUAGCACCCCGCUGACGCUCUAUCCUCACUCUCCAGCGUCCCUCGUCCCUCUCCUCUCCUCCCAGCUCCCCUACACCCUCGUCCUCCUCGCUACGAUCCAGGCGAACCGACAUGCCGAGUCUGACCCCUCCCCCGUCUCCGCCCCCGACUGUCAAGUCCCACCCCCUCUGCCACCUGUGUACGCGACAUUUCCUCCGCCGACGUCCGGCGCUCCAUCCCUCGCAUAUCUUGAGAGCCUGGACAUCGGGCCAUACGACUGGCUUGUGGCCGUCGCCUUGCCUCCCCCGUCCGAGCAGAUCCGGUUCUAUCACGCUCUUGUUGCUUCCUCCUUUCCUUCUCCAAAAGAAGCACGGCGCGCGGAAGAGACGGUGGAGGCCGCUUUACGGUUCAUGCGAUGGGAGCCCAUCGCCCGAGGUGUGCUUGGCGGAAAGACACAAGUCCCGACAUAUAUCUACAUUGCACCUGAGGGCGGCUUUGGACACACCGACAUUCGCAAUGUGCCUUCCUCAGAGAGCUGGGAUGACGACCUCGUCUUGGACCACGGGAGGGAGAGUGACAAGGACCUCAUCUUCAGCGUAAAUCACUAUCGCAAGCUCGAGUAUUAUGGAGCUCGUGCAGCCCACAUCACUGUCCUGCGUCCACGGGGGCCGGGUGUGCCACCGCCAGAGGUGUUUGUACAAUGCCACGGCGACGGGUCGUUGGGAACUCUUCACACACAGCCCGCCUUCAGACGACGCGGCUUGGCCAAAGUCGUCCUUAACGCACACUUCAAGCGGUACGAGGGCACCGUACCCCAGUACUGCUACAUCGAGCCAGACAAUGUCGCGAGUAUUGCGCUAUUUGAGGGGCUGGGGUGGACGCGGCUGCCCUGGGCAACGUACUGGGUAUUUGAGAGGAGUGUGCAGGAGUGA